GCGAGGGACGCGAUAAGGGCAGCAGCUUCACAAAACGUCACUGCGCUUGCUCGCUUUUACCGAUCAUGCUCAGUUACAACGCGCCAGCAAAUCGUGAAGCAGUAGCAGGUUUUGACUUUACCGACCAAGGCCCGAACCGUUUCGUUCCUUUCCAGCCCUUCCUUUUUUAAGUAGGAUGGCCCCAGGACCUGAACUGGGUGGGCGGCACCUGCUUUAGUCCUAUCCAGAAAAGGGGGUGGGUGAGAUAAGAAUUCGGAUCGUGCUCUUCCAGCCCACCUCUCUUACCCAAGCGUAUAUAGAGCCGAGGGCACCGCUUCUGGUGACAGCCUGAGGUCGGAUCCUACCGUGGCUGCAGCUACAAAGAUGGCUGUGCUCAGUCCGUCUGUGCCCGAAUUGGAACGAUUGAUGGAAAAGGACCCCUAUCUGACUCCCUUUGAGCAGGACUUCGAGCGCAGGUAUAGCAUCUUUCAUCGCAUCUUGAAGAACAUUGAAGAAAAUGAAGGUGGUCUUGACAAAUUCACAAAGAGUUACCAAACAUUUGGAGUCCAUAGAUUUACAGAUGGAGGAUUCUACUGUAAGGAAUGGGCUCCUGGGGCAGAAGCUGUGUUUCUUACCGGUGACUUCAAUAACUGGAAUCCAUUUUCUCACCCAUAUAAGAAAAUGGAUUUUGGGAAAUGGGAAUUGUUCAUCCCACCUGGACCGGAUGGAUUUAAUCCUGUACCGCAUGGAUCAAAACUAAAGGUGGUGAUCCGAACCCAAAGUGGAGAGAUUCUCUAUCGCAUUUCUCCUUGGGCAAGAUAUGUAGAUCGUGAGAGUACGAAUGUGAACUAUGAAUGGGUAAACUGGGAGCCACCAAACCCAUACAGACGGAGACAUCCUGUUCCUAAGAAGCCUAAAAGCUUAAGGAUCUAUGAAUCUCAUGUGGGAAUUGCUUCCCCUGAAGGGAAAAUAGCUUCAUAUAAAAACUUCACACACAAUGUACUUCCGAAAGUCAAGGAUCUUGGAUAUAAUUGUAUUCAGUUGAUGGCUGUGAUGGAACAUGCUUACUAUGCCAGUUUUGGUUAUCAGAUCACAAGCUUUUUUGCAGCAUCAAGCCGUUAUGGACCUCCAGAUGACUUGAAGGAACUAAUUGAUGUUGCCCACUCAAUGGAAAUUAUUGUCCUGCUCGAUGUUGUGCAUAGCCAUGCAUCAAAGAAUUCCGAAGAUGGACUAAACAAAUUUGAUGGCACAGAUUCUGCAUUUUUCCACUCUGAUCCUAGAGGAACACAUUCGUUGUGGGAUAGCCGACUAUUUGACUAUUCAAAUUGGGAAGUUUUGCGUUUUCUUCUCUCAAACCUAAGGUGGUGGUUAGAAGAGUAUGCCUUUGAUGGCUUUCGAUUUGAUGGUGUAUCGUCUAUGCUGUAUCACCACCAUGGUAUUGGUGUAGCCUUUAGUGGAGAUUACCAUGAAUAUUUUGGUAUGCAUGUUGAUGAAGAUGCUAUAGCGUACCUUAUGAUGGCAAACCACAUGAUACAUUUCUUGCAUCCAGAAUGUGUAACAAUAGCAGAGGAAGUGUCUGGAAUGCCUGUCCUUUGCUGUCCAAUAACAGAAGGAGGAACUGGAUUUGAUUAUCGAUUGGCCAUGGCAAUUCCUGACAAAUGGAUUCAGAUAAUUAAGGAGCUUAAGGAUGAAGACUGGAAUAUGGGCAAUAUAGUAUUCACACUAACAAAUAGGCGAUAUGGAGAGAAAUGCAUUGCAUAUGCAGAAAGUCAUGACCAGGCCCUUGUUGGUGAUAAGACUUUGGCAUUUCGGCUAAUGGAUGCAGAGAUGUAUAGCAAUAUGAGUAUCCUCUCACCUCUUACUCCAAUUAUUGAUCGAGGAAUACAGCUUCAUAAAAUGAUCCGCCUCAUUACUCACGCACUGGGAGGAGAGGGUUAUCUUAACUUCAUGGGCAAUGAGUUUGGGCAUCCAGAAUGGUUAGACUUUCCCAGAAAAGGCAAUAAUGAAAGCUACCAUUAUGCUAGGAGACAGUUUCAUUUAGCUGAUGAUCAGCUUCUUCGCUAUAGAUUCCUAAAUGAAUUUGAUAGAGAUAUGAACAACUUGGAAGAAAGAUUCAGCUGGCUUUCAUCUCCCCCGGCUUACGUGAGUGAAACACAUGAAUCAAACAAAGUUAUUGCUUUUGAGAGGGCAAAUCUUCUGUUUAUAUUUAAUUUCCACCCAUCUAAAAGCUACACAGAUUACAGAGUGGGUACAGAAAAACCAGGAAAGUAUAAAAUUGCACUGGAUUCUGAUGCUCCACAGUAUGGAGGACAUAGCAGAUUGGACCAAAAUACAGAAUUCUUCUCUCAAGAGUAUUCACAUAACUAUCGAUCUAAUUCUCUUUUGCAACCCAAUUCAAUGAGUGAAAGUGAUGGUCAGCCCCAAGGACCCCAGCACUAUCUGAAGGUGUACAUUCCAACCAGAGUGGCUAUAGUGCUUCAGAAUAUGGAUAUCCAACAGUGAAGACUUUCAUCAUACAAUUAGAUCCAUGACUGCAAAGGCCAAGCACUAUUUUGAGGAUAGCAAUAUCCAAGUUUUGUUGUUUGGAAACUUUUCUAUUUGAAGAUAUGUUAAUACUGAGAGAAUUAAAUGUGUGCCUAUUGUUUAUUUAUAAUUACAGAGCUUCCCCAUUGUGAAAUGCUUAUUUCAAGAAAGUGUAUUUAAAAUCAGAGGAAAUAAAAAUUCAUUAACAGCUUGAUGCCACAGACUUAGAUUUCAGAACAGCUGGUGUCCUCAAAGUAACUCUUCCAAUAUUUUAUGAGAAAUAAUUCAAAAACUGCAUUCUCUGUUUUCAAUUGUUUGCUCCAAUUCCAUUUAUAAUUUUCAUGCUGAAUGCAACUUUUUCAUUAGACUACAUUUUGUGUUAGAAAUAGUUAAUGAUGUUGUUGCUUUAAAGGGCAGCCUUAUGUGAUUCUUUGAUACUGGAUUCCACGUUUCUAAAAUGUGUUUAGUGUUUUCUUGUUAAACCACUGAAAAAGAGGCUUUUUAGAUUUAAGGAAUAUCUUGGAAGUCAGUUAUUUUGGGGCACCAUAUGCCAGGAGAGAUUUCUGUCAUGGAAAGGUCCCAACAGUCUUCUUUGAAAGCAACCAUUGGCAGUAAGGUAUCAGUCCCGUGGAUUACCACUGUCAGGUUAUAUGGCAAUGGUUAAUUCAUUGAAAUUAUGUGUCAUUUUUUAAUCUUGCAACAAAAUUAAAAUGUUGACUGUAUUUUAUAAAGUGUUUGGACAUAUGUUCUAGAAUUCUAUCCUAUGGGCUUGUGCAAUAUAGACAUGGGCUCAUAAGGGUGCACUACUCUCAAACAUAUUUUUUUUUAAAUGAAGUCAUUUUUUUACUGUUAUUUAUGUUUCCUUGUAUCAAAACAUAGCCAGUAGCAGGCUAAGCAUCCAACGUCAGUAUAAUGCUUGGAAGUUAUGACUUCAUACCUUUGUAGAUCAAAACAUCUAACUUCCUAACUAUGAAUGAACAGCUAGGUGAUAAUCUGAAAUGGUGAUGUAAAAUAAUUGAUUGUUCAAUACAUGCAUUGGGUGAGAUCCAGUCUAAUGUGAUCAUGCAUCCAUUGGCACAAUGGGGCUUCUCCUUCCUUUCCUGCCCUCUGCACAAACCAAAAAUCUUCUCUGCAGGAUUGGGGGAUCCUUCAGAGUAGACUUUGAGGACAUGUGGAAGACUGGAGGGAAAAGAAGAGAAACUGGCCAUCCCAGUGUGAAGGCAUCUGUUGUGCAAAUGGUCAGACAUCAUUGGAUGCUACUCAUAAUGUUUUAAAACAUUACUAUUGCAUAAAAAUGGGGGGAUUCUGAAUUAUGGGAUCUAAAAUAUUUACAAAGCUGCCGAAAUAACUUGUACACUUCUUUCAUUUUGCUUUAUGAUCAGUUUUGAUAUGCAAUCAUUAAAAUAUUCAUCAGACAAAAUGGUUAUAAAAGGAAUUCCUGUUGACAGUUAUUUGGAUCUACCAUCUUUAUCGCACUUUGUAAACUUCAAAGUACUUGUGCCAGUAUUCACAGCACAUAUGUAUCACAAAUGCCUUUCUAAAAUUUCACCAUAGUUGUUUGAGAGAAAGGUUAUGUGUCCCAGUGUGGUCUAAUUGAUAUCCAUGUUUCUUCCCAUGCAUCUCCAAUAAUUUUUUUAUAUUGGAAUCAAAUGGGCAGAACAAGUUGCAUGAUUCAUCCCUGCCCCUGCAUCAUCCCUGGGGCCAGGCAAUCUUCACUUGGGAAGGAAGUACUUCAUUUCACCCUACCUGCAGAGUUCUGACAUACAGCAGCGUCUCCUAAGCCAUGCCUGUGGGGAAAAAAAGAUCUUCAAUCCCUCUAGAUCACAGAGGUACCAAUGUUGUAGCUUCUGUUUGUAUUUUGUUCAUUAUGUCUGAGAAACAAUAAGUGCUAUAGUGCUGAUUAAUAUCCUGCCUGUUUUUCAUUUAACAGUUUGUUAAACAACAGCCAAAUCAGUUACUGUUCUCACAUUUAAAUCCAUAGUGAAUCUAUAAUUGUUUUACAAUCUUUAAAUCUAGAGGUGAGAUAAACAGCUCUAUAAAUGACUUUUUUUGUUAAAUUGAUUUAUUAAUAUAUAAUGAAGAUUUUACUGGCCCUAUGUCUGGGCAUGUAAAUGCAGUGUAAGGCAAUUGUCCAUGUCAAACUUUUGUGCAAGAAAAGCAAUAAAUAUGUAAUAUGAUUAGAAGCUAUAAAAUUACUUGCAAAUAAAUAGAGAGAUGUAAGACAAUAUUGCUUGU